GACGUAUUUUACGUAAAUGCAUCCGGGUAACUCGGUACUACAAUGGCGACAAUGAAUCAGGCUUUUAGUAAUACUGAAUCUACAACAUCGUAUUCGCAGCAACCAACUGAUCGUUUAAAGUUGUUGUACCCCACAGUGAAUGAAGAAGAAACUCCUCUUCCACGUUCUUGGAGCCCAAAGGACAAAUUCACCUACAUAGGCUUGUCACAAAACAAUCUUCGAGUACACUAUAAAGGUGUUGGCAAGAACCACAAAGACGCCGCUAGUGUUCGUGCCACACAUCCAAUUCCUGCAGCAUGUGGCCUAUAUUACUUUGAAGUGAAGAUCGUCAGUAAAGGCAGAGAUGGCUACAUGGGUGUGGGCCUGUCUGCUCAGGGUGUCAACAUGAACAGACUUCCUGGUUGGGACAAACAUUCAUAUGGGUACCAUGGUGAUGAUGGCCAUAGUUUUUGCUCUAGUGGUACUGGCCAGCCUUAUGGCCCAACGUUCACAACUGGCGAUGUGAUUGGUUGUGGUGUCAACCUUAUUGACAACUUGUGCUUCUACACAAAGAAUGGCCAUAACCUUGGGGUUGCCUUUACAGACUUACCGCCCAAUUUGUACCCUACAGUGGGUUUGCAAACACCAGGUGAGGUGGUGGAUGCAAAUUUCGGACAGUCUCCCUUUGUCUUUGACAUUGAAGACAUGAUGAAGGAGCUGAUGAUGCGGACAAGGACUACAAUAGAGAGGUUUCCAGUCAAUGACAAGCAAGGUGAAUGGCAGACUACAUUACACAGAGUUGUCCAGACUUACCUGAUUCACCAUGGUUACUGUGCCACAGCGGAAGCCUUUGCACGAAGUACUGGCCAGUCGUUUGACGAGGACCUUUCUUCCAUUAAAAAUAGGCAAAGAAUCCAGAAAUUGGUGCUGGCAGGUCGUGUUGGAGAGGCCAUUGAGACAACACAGAGGCUCUAUCCCGGUCUGCUGGAAAAUAAUCCCAACUUGCUGUUUCUGCUGCGCUGCCGUCAAUUUGUUGAAAUGGUCAAUGGUACAGACAGUGAAGUGCGACCAGCUAGGCGCUCGCCUGGCUCCAGCCCACGAUUACUGCUACUGAGUUCAUCACCAAAGUCAACAGGAAGUGAUGUGGCCUCUAAUGGAGUGGCAGCCUCGGACAGCAGCACGACAAAUGGGGACACAGCACUGAAUGGGGACCACAAUGAUGAUGACUGUGGGACAGACAUGGUCGUGGAGGGCAGUGAGGGACGGACAAUGGUGGCUAAUGGGCUAGACCCUGACAGCCGGCAGCACAAUGGUCACUUUCAUCGGCUAGACCUUGGGGAUACAGAUAUGGAGGUCGACCCACCAAAGCGGCAGCUCUGUGGGGGUAAUCAAGCAGCUAUGGAGCGUAUGCUACAGUUUGGCCGUGAGCUGCAUCUGAUGAGUGUUCAGCUCAAGCACCAGUACGGAACAAACAAAGCCAACCGAAAGAUGAUCCAGGAUGCCUUCAGCUUGCUAGCCUAUGCAGAUCCCUGGAGCAGUCCUGUUGGAUACCAGCUUGACCCUGUUGAAAGGGAACCUGUAUGUGCGGCGCUCAACAGUGCGAUUUUAGAAUCUCAAAAGUUGCCUCGUCGCCCACCACUGGAGCUUGUAAUUGCUCACUCCCGAGAACUACUCAAGCUGAUGUCCAAGGCAGGCCUGGGAUCGUGCGCCUUUGCCAACAUUGACUCACUCUUGCAGUGAUUGUGACAGUUUCUCUGCAUUGUAAUUAUCGCUGGAUGCCACUUUUUUUUACAAGCCAAUCUGCUGGCUACCUGUGCAGAGCCCUCCCUGUCUUCAAGAAAAAAGAAAAAUGAAGCCCCAUCUACCUGCAAGAAAGCGCUUUAGGCAUGGCCAAGACGGAGGACUUUUUCAAGCAGUUCAGGUUUCAAGUGAUUCAGGUCCUAAAUGAAUGGCGUCACAAAAUUGUUUGGAAAUCUGACAAAUUUAUUUGCUCAGACCAUUUGUUUUUUUUUAUUGCUCUGAUGGAGGAAUGAUGUCUUGGAGUUUAUUUUUCAAUUUCUAUGUUUGACAGCAGUACCUGCCUUGUUUGAGAGGGGAAAUGGCUUGAUAUAGUGGCUGCGGUGAUUUAUGACCUUUGUUACGUUGCUUCUUUUAUGCUUGGUGGGAAGGCAUUGUUAUACAUUGUGUGAAGCAAAAUGGACCAUCAAAGACUGCUGCCAUGCAUGACGUAAUUGGGAAGGAAUAAAAAUCAAGGCAAGUGUUUCCGGAAUUCCAGUUAAUUGUGCAACAGCCAGUAUUGUGUAUGCAUUACAUACAGAUGGAUACAUUAGUGUGGGUUUUCUCACUAUGAGAUGAGUGCUACUGUAAACUUUUGGUGUGGUUGAAUAAGCAAGCUUAUGCACAGUGGGGUCUGCUGUGUGCCAAAUACUGGUACCAGACCAGUUGUCCUGACAGCAAGCUGCAAGCAGCUAAUGUUUACUUUGGUAAAACAUGAUGCAAAUGGCUGUUGUAAGAAGCUUGGAAAGGCAAAACAAUGCUAGUUUGUCCUGUGGUACUCACCCGACUCACUUUGUGAUUUUUUUUUUGUAAGCUCUUUCUCUAUAAAGUGCUAAAGUUAUAACUGGUUGUUUUGGCAUCACAGUAGGCAUGUGUUAAUUGCUCUUUGGUGAGCAUAGUGUAUCAGAUUGCAAGUUUGCUGAGUGAAUGUUUGUAGCUGAGCUCCUCUAGAGUCCUGUGAUCACAUCAUUCAUCAAGAAUUGUGCAGGAAGACCUCUUGGUAUUUUGUAUGCAAUGCAUAUGUGAAUGCCAUUCUUAUUUUAUUACACAGUGGCAUUUAUAAGGUAUAUUUUAUCCUGUGCAUGUCAAAAAGCACCCAAUUCCAAAGACACGCCAGACUAGUGCAUUGCACAGAAUUGUGAAACUACAAUUUUGCAAUCGGCAGAUACCGUUAAAAAAUGCCACUUUUGUUGCUUAGUAGUGUGCCUGUGUUGUGUUGUUUUUCAGGCCAUGGAGGGACUUGCAUAUUUGUCCAGCAAUUGGAGAAUUAGUUCUCAUAUGUCCCUAACUUGUUUUUUGUGAAAUAUGAUAUGGAAAUUGUAUUUUUGGAGUAUAGUUUGUUUAUUCAGUAAUAUGUUGUUUGUGCUGGCUGUGUUCAUAAUCAGUGGACAUCUGCUGUCAUGUUGAAACUUUGCCACACAAAUCCAGGCUCUGCCAGGUGUAAUUGACAGGCAUUGCUAGUUGCAGUUAAAUAACUGAAAAAUUCACAAUGGAGGGCAGGAGCAAAAUUGCCUUGUCCACUUGUUAAGACUGGCUUUUGUAUGGCAAUUUUCACAGGAAAUGGCAGUUUUUCAUUGACAUUACAAACUAGGUAAAUGUCGGAAUGAUAUGUUGUAAAAUAAAAUAACCUAAAGAAGCAAUCUCCUUGCAUGAAUUAAAUGAAAGUAAGCCAGGGGUAUAUGCAGAAUAGUUUUCCAGAACUGUGAGACAAAAUAUGAUGGUUCCUGUGUACUUUCGCAAAGUUUGUUGCUCAUUCGCUGCUUUUCAUUGAGUGCUAGAAGCUUUGUCCUGCUAGCAAUGUUGGCUGAGAAGUGUAAUAAUGCAGUUUGCUGUUCAUGUUCCCCGAGGUUUCUAUUUGCCUUGAAGGACAUGGUUAUAACCUAGGGAAAAUAAUUGUUUUUGGUUGUGCUUUGUUUUUAAGUUUAGAAUGUCGGCAUACCUUUAUGCUUCAAAAUGUCUGUAUUUACAAACUUAACAAGAAGUGUGACCCUUACUUUGCAGUUUUAUUUUGUCUUUUUACUCUCCCCAUUGCACUGUUAUUCGACUAAGAUGGCACAUGAAAAAAUUUUGUUGCAUGCUUAAAAUUUACUGUAAUUUCCGAUAGCUCACGUGAAGUUAUCAACAGUCCAUUGCUUUGCUCCUUCACUAGUCACCAAUUGCAACCUUUCUGUUUGCUCAUUGCUUUGUUGCAGCUAAGCAGAUAUGAAGUAUACUCCAGCAGUGGUGUCUUUAACUGUACAAAAAAAGAAAACAUUUUAUGCCCUUUGUGUCAUGUUAUCUAAGGUGUACAUUUCUUUUGAACAUCAAAUUGCGUGCCGUGUUUAAGGUCAAAUUUGCACCACAUAUUGGAACAGGCAACCAACUUCUCAGGCGAGCCCCUCUUUCCGGUGUAGAGCAACACGCAACACUUACAAAUCCACGAUUGCAACACAUACUAAACUGGUUUCAUAGUUACCCAGGGUCUUGUACUUGUAAUCCACUCAGCUCAUUUUAGUAGAGCUGCUUUGCAGAGUAAUGACAGUUCCAAUUGGAAGUCAUAGCACUGGAUUGACACGGACAGAAAAGAUAGCAGGACGUGUGCUAUCUUUCUUGUCUGCGUCAAUCCAGCACUAUCACUUCAAUUGAUGCAACGAACCAACUAGCCCAAAAAUCUGCAAUCCUGGUGAUGACAGCUAAAAGCAUGCUUAUCUCCCAUUGCAACAUGCAGCCUGUUCUCCCUUUCUGCCACACGAAAAGUAUUUUGUCUAAAAAGAACAGAAAAUAAAACAGUGAAAGUGGUUCAAAUCUGCCAUUGGAAUUUCGCAUAAGGGAAACUAGUCUCUUUAAAAAGGCCAAUGCAUGCAGAGUCGUACAUGCCACUGUUUUCAGUGUCAUUCUAUACAUGUUGGCCAGAUACUGCUGAUAUUAAAGAAUGUAAGGUACAGAUUUAACUGAAAAAGCUUUCUUUCAUACCUGCCCAAAUUCCGCCGUUUUUCAAAGCACUUUGACAUUGAGAAACUGACAGUGUGGGUGUAUCCCUGAUCUAUGUUUUGACAUGAAUAGUAAGCGGUCUGUAAACUUUUUUACCAAACAAACAUAGUUUAUAAAAGCAAAGCACAAAUGUGCAUCACCUGAGAGUGAAAAGGGAGUGGCUCGCAUGGAAACUGGUUGAUGAUGCAAGCCUAAAUAUUUUUUAGUGGUUUGCAAAGCUUCAAAUGCUUCUUUUGCAUUUUCUUUGACACAGUAAAUCGGUUCAUUUUCAUGGGGUUAGGCGUUGCCAAUUAGAUGACCUCUAAUUGCAAAAUGGUAAUAGGCAUGUGGCACUGCUCUGCAAGCAAGCAGGUGGGUUGCAAUCUGUCACGUGUAAGAACUUUUGUGAGCCUCCUUGCAGAAUCUGUAGAACAGCACAGGCAGUAGCUUGAUUCACAAAAUUUGUAUAGUUGCAUCAUGGCAGUUACUGCAAGAAAGCAUAUGCUUGUCUAAAACAACUCUCCGGUUGGAAUUGCUGCAUUUUCAUUCAUUUGCUCCUGCUCAUAAUGCUUGCACACAUAGUGCAGUGCUUUCAAAUUACCGUCUAUAGUUUUUGAAGCUUCAUGUCAUAUAGGUGACCAUUAUUAAGCCAACAAAUAUAUUUCUUGUUCGCUUUGCAUAAAACUACAGGUGUUGCGGCCAAGGAGUCCAAUCACAAUCUGACAACUCGGUUGCAAUACAUGAGUUCAAGUCUACAAAGUUUUGUAAUUGAAGCACAAUCUUGAAGCCAUUAAUUAUUGAAGAGAUGUGCACAAAAUGCUUUUCAAGGUGUCUUUGGCACAUGCUUGUUAACGUCUGUAUUAAACUCAUUAUGAUCUGCUUAAUUUACUCGAUUUAAGACAAUGCAUGACCUGCACUUGUAUUAGGCCAACAUUGUCAUGAGGUGUUGUAACAAAUAAUAUUGUUCAUUUGCACAAAUGGGCAAAGCUCGCCUAUGAACUGUGUGCACUAGCAAUGGCAGGAGCAAAGAAAAAAGUAUUGGGCAAUAGUCUGGUUAGUAACUUGUAUUUUUUUUAUCCUGACACUGAUGCUGAACUGUUAAGUGUGCAUUGGUUGAGACGAGUCCUUCAUGACGUGUUGCACGUAGCUAGUGUCGUGGGGCAAGUAAUAAAGUUUUAAUUGGUGCAGGACUGCUUUCCUGCACUUUACUGCUUAA